AUGCCAAAAUUAAUUUUAUUAUUUUAUUUAAUUAUUUAUGGAAUUUUAUUGUUAACUACUUUAAGUGAAGGGUUUGGGUUUGGUGGAGGAUGUGGAUGUCCAUGUAUGCCGCAACCAUGUAUUCCACAGCCACCUCCAAUUGCUUUACCUUCUCUAUGUUUCCCACAAAUCCAAUUGCCCUGUCCCCCUCCUUCUUGUGGAUGUUGCGGUAGAAGGAAAAGAGAAAGUGGAGCUUCAGCAUUAUUAACACCAGUUUCAACAAAGUCGGGAAUUAAAAGAAUUGGAGAAGAAAAAAAUCAUUGUAAUAAUCCACACAUUAAAAGAAUUAUUUUAAAGAAUUUAAUUAUUGGAGAUUUGGUUGGUACAAGAAAUGCAAUACAUUCAGAAUUAAGGGCUAAAUUAGGGGGGAAUUAUAUAAUUAAUUGUGCUCAUAGUCCAUCAUUUGCGUAUUCUGGUGAUUCAGUAAUUGAUUAUUGUGUGGAUGGACAUCAGGUAUUUUUUGGAAAAAAAUUUUUUUUGAGAAAAUUCAAAGAUUGUCUUUUUAAGACAACCCUUUGGAUAGCUUUUUAUUUUUAA